UUCACGCCAAGCGGACGCGAAACGGCAACAAAUGCCGAACUACACAUAACAAUAAGACACCAUCGCAAAUUGCCCACAAAAGCCACAACUAUAUAACAAGACCGACGGGCAACGGCAGUGAGCAAACCAAUCAAGAAAAGUUGAUUCCGCGACUCCAGCAAACGUUAUGUGAUAAGUGUUUAUUCUGGAUUUUUUCGCAUCCUGCGUUUUAAUUUUUCAGCGUGGUUUUCGACGCGUGUGCGUGUGUUUGUGCGCAGGACAAAAAGCUCGGUUUUUUGUUGAUAUACGCAGUCCUUGCAAGGCCACCAAACAGCUGGCAGUUCCUCAACUCGGUUAGGGAUAAAAACCAAAACAAUUUUUAUAAACAUUUUCUAAAUAUUUAUUAAAACACCACCGAACCCAGAAACAUUUUCAUAUUUUAUAAAAGCCAAAUCUAGAUUUUGGCUGCUUUAAAAAAGCGGCUGUUAAUUUGUUGAUUGAACACGAGCCGAAAAGGAAACAGAAGUAAAAUAACAACAUGUCUUCUAUGGCUGCAUUUGAUCAGUUCAAAAUUGGACUCAAAAUGGUUGACUUUAAGGUCCAGCAACGUCGCUACCGGACCAGCGAAAAGACUGUCGUCAGCACCACCUACGGCCCCAUCAAGGGAGUGAAGAGGAAGUCCAUCUACGGCCAGUCGUACUUCAGCUUCGAGCGGAUCCCCUUCGCGAAGCCCCCGGUGGGCGAGCUGCGGUACAAGGCCCCCCAGCCCCCGGAGGUCUGGACCGAGGUCAAGAGCUGCACCUCCCAGGGACCAAAGCCCCUGCAGAAGCACUUCGUGUUCGAGAUGACCGAUGGCUCCGAGGACUGCCUCUACCUCAAUGUAUACACAAAGAAUUUAUAUCCCACCAAGCCCAUGCCUGUGAUGGUCUGGAUCUAUGGCGGUGGCUUUCAGUUCGGCGAGGCCUCGCGCGAAUGCUACAGUCCGGAUUAUCUUCUGCGCGAAGAUGUGGUGGUUAUUUCUAUUAACUAUAGACUGGGACCACUCGGAUUCCUGUGCCUGGACGAUCCAGAGCUUGAUGUUCCCGGCAAUGCCGGCCUCAAGGAUCAGGUGCUGGCCCUGCGAUGGGUCAAGGCAAACUGCUCCCGAUUCGGAGGAGAUUCGGCGAAUAUAACCAUUUUUGGGGACAGUGCGGGCAGUGCCUCGGUCCACUAUAUGAUGAUAACCGAGCAGACGCGCGGACUUUUCCACAAGGCCAUCUGCAUGUCGGGAAACACGCUUUCGCCCUGGGCGGUCACCCCCCAGAGAAAUUGGCCAUAUCGACUGGCUGUGCAGGCCGGCUAUGCGGGCGAAAACAACACCCGCGAUGUGUGGGACUUCCUGAACAAUGCCAAGGGUUCCGACAUCAUCAAGGCGAAUGGCGAGCUGUGCAUCGACGAGGAGAAGAGGGAGCGAAUCGGCUUCUCCUUUGGUCCAGUGAUCGAACCCUACGUGACCAGCCACUGUGUGGUGCCCACGAAACCCAUCGAAAUGAUGCGGACCGCCUGGAGCAACAACAUCCCAAUGAUCAUCGGAGGCGUUUCCAACGAGGGUCUGCUGCUGUACUCCGAAACGAAGUCCAAUCCAAAGUGUCUUAACGAGUUGGACGACUGCCGAUACGUGGUGCCCAUCGAAUUGAAUAUGGACAGGGAGAGCGCCCUGUGCCGCGAGUAUGGUGAUCAGUUGAGGCAGAGCUACUACGGCGAAAAGACGCCGAGUCUGGACACCCUGCAUGAAUACCUUCAGAUGGUCUCCCACGAGUACUUCUGGUUCCCCAUAUACCGCACAGUAUUGUCCCGCCUGCAGUAUGCCCGCGGAGCUCCGACGUACCUGUACCGCUUCGACUUCGACUCGAAGCACUUCAACCACCUGCGGAUCCUGAGCUGCGGCAAGAAGGUGCGGGGCACCUGCCACGGCGACGACCUGUCCUACUUGUUCUACAACUCGCUGGCGAGGAAGCUGAAGAUCCACACGCGGGAGUACAAGUGCAUCGAGCGGCUGGUGGGGCUGUGGACGCACUUCGCCGCCUCCGGAAACCCCAACUUCGAUCCGGAGCAGGAGGAUCUGUGGCAGCCCGUCGAUCUGGCGGCCGUCGAGAAACACCAGCUGAAGUGCCUUAACAUAUCCGACGAGCUGAAGGUGAUCGACGUGCCCGACCUUAGGAAAUUAAUGGUCUGGGAGAGCUUCUUCCGACGCGACGAGCUGCUGUAAGGAUCUGCCGGGUCCACCUAGACUAGAUCUGUAGCUUGAGCGAGGGUGGGUCAUUUUUGGAGGCCAGAAAAUAUAAGGGUUGAAAAGGAUCUGGGGUAAUCGGUCUGAUUUUUAACAAAAACAUUGAAUUCUGUACAUUGCUUUCCUGAUAUUGUCUUGGGUCUUCUCUAAUCAUGGGACUUUAUCCCUUUUUUGAAACCACUUUUGCCCACAGAUUGCAACAUCACCCUCAAAGAUUUUCAAUAUUUUUGGCAGUUGUGCAAAAUGAACCCACCCUUACCUAUAUGAUUCUAAAAGCUUUACGUUGUACGUUACGUUGUUUGAAACAAUGCAAAGCGUAGCUUUAGACCUGAGAUCAAGAGAGUUAACUGUUGUUAAGUUUGCCAACGUGGGGAAUUCGAUUUAGGUGUGUUAAAGAUUAUCCGCUUCUAUCUAUAUCUGGUCGGAUAGAAUCUGUAGUCUAAGCAGGCUGUUUGUAUGUUAGUUAUGACUCAUAACCUAUGAGUGUGAAUCAAGUCGCAACUGAAGUACCUUCUUUGGAAAUUACCAAGCCAACUAAACCAAACUAAACAAGACAGCCAAGGAAUCUGAAGAAAGAACUUAUAUUUAACGUUGUUUUAAGUCGCGCUUAUAUUUUUAAUAGCAACCGUAUUUUAUACGAUCCAACGUUUUCGGGAUCGUAUUAAGUUCUCUGCACAAGCCUGAGUAAAGGUUCCAUUAUAUUUUCUUCCAUUACGUACAGUACGCACACAUAUACAACAGGGAAAUUUCCAUUUGUGUUUCCUAAAAAAUAUUUAUAUAACUGAGACAACUAGUUAACUGUAACCAAUUUAUUUAUAUUCUUAGCCUAAGACUUUUUAGAUAUUUAACUUUUUGUAUACAUAGGUUGUUUUUGGUAAAAUGUUAUUUUUGAACAAACAGAAAACCUGUCCAUGUUUUACAUCGUUUUUAGAAUACGAAGAAAUAAAACUAAACAACAAAACAAAAACUAUUUA